UGUUACUCUACUCCACGAAUGUUAUUCGGGAUUUUUCAGAUCGUCCGACUGUACCGAGAGCACCAAGUGCCUCCAAAAUGAGGAUCGAAGAGCUCAUCAUCGACGGCUUCAAGUCGUAUCCGGUGCGCACGCACGUCUCUGGAUUCGACCCGAGCUUCAACGCGAUCACCGGUCUCAAUGGUAGCGGCAAGAGCAAUAUUCUCGAUGCGAUUUGCUUUGUUCUGGGUAUAACCAACCUCUCAGCUGUGCGCGCCAACAACCUUCAAGACCUGAUCUACAAGCGAGGCCAAGCAGGCGUCACAAAGGCUAGCGUGACGAUCGUCUUUGACAACAGCGACCGAGCCACGUCUCCCGUCUCUUUUGAGAACUAUGCUCAGAUCACGGUCACGCGGCAAGUCGCCAUGGGCGGCUUGUCUAAAUACCUCAUCAAUGGCCACAAGGCGACACUUCAAGCAGUUCAAAACAUGUUCCAAAGCGUGCAGCUCAACAUCAACAACCCCAAUUUUCUCAUCAUGCAGGGGAAAAUUACCAAAGUGCUCAACAUGAAGCCAGCAGAGAUCCUGAGUAUGAUUGAGGAGGCAGCUGGAACAAGGAUGUUCGAGGACCGAAAAGAGAAAGCUAUCAAGACAAUGUCCAAGAAAGAUCAAAAAGUCAAGGAGAUCAACGCGCUUUUGACCGAAGAGAUCACGCCAAAGCUGGAUAAGCUGAGAGAGGAGAAGCGUUCAUUCCUCGAGUAUCAAAAGAUUUCCUCCGAGUUGGAUCGUCUGACCCGCCUUGCUAAAGCAUGGGAAUGGAAGACACUCCGCGCGCGUCUCGAAGAGCGCAGAACAACUCUCGCACAAAAACAGAAGCAAAGGAGGGUGGAGGAGAAAGAGGCCAGCGAUUUGAAGCGCCAAAUCAGCAGCAUCGAGAAGGAGUUGGAGACCAUCGAGAAGCGGCGAGAAAUGGAGUUGAACAAGGGUGGUAAGCUGAAAUGCCUCAUGCAGCGCUCCAAGGCGCUCUCGGACGAAUUAGUCAAAGUCAAGACUGGCAUCAACUUUAAGAUCUCCGCGCUCGAAGAAGAGGAGAAGCGUAUGAUUGCGAGUGAGAAGGCGCUCACAGACGUGAAAGCAUUUCGAAUGGCGAAGGGAAAGGAGCAUGAAAAGGUCAUUGCAGCCUUUGCAGACUUCAAGAAAGCGCAUGAAGCGGCACUGGAUGAGAUCAGCAAGGAGGAAGAGCUGCUGCAGACUCUGACGACUGGAAUGGCAGCUAAAGCUUCUGCGGGUGACAAGGGCGGCGGGUACAUGGGUCGUCUGGCAGAUGCACAUGCUCGCGAUGCCGCUGCCGACAAUGAGAUGCAGCACAGCAAUAUGCGGAUCGACCAUAUGCAGAAUCAGGUCAAAAUCUCAGAGCAGACCUUGGUGCAGGCGCGCAAGGAGAGCAGCGGACUCGUCCAGCAGCUAGAAGUCGCUAAGGCAAAGGUCGAUCAGCUUCAAGCCAAAAUCACAGCGACUGGGUACGACGAUCAGAAGAGCAGGGCGCUUCGUCAGCGGCGCUCAGAGCUCGCCAGCAAGCUUGACAACCUCUCUGAACGUAGAGAUGCAAUUGCCUCGAGACUCUCUGCGCUCGAUUUUACAUACUCGGACCCCACACCAGAUUUUGAUCGUUCCAAGGUCAAGGGUCUCAUCGCGAACUUGAUUCAACUUGAUCCGGGCAAGGCGCACUUCUCAACUGCUCUCGAGGUUUGUGCAGGUGGUAGGCUGUAUAAUGUCGUCGUCGAGGAUGAGAUGACCGGCGGGCAGCUACUCGCCAAUGGCAAGCUCCGCAAGCGCGUGACAAUAUUACCUCUCAAUAAGAUCAGUGCAUUCGUGGCGUCAGCUGCCAAGGUAGGAGCUGCGCAAAAACUCGCGCCUGGCAAAGUCGACCUUGCGCUGUCGUUGAUUGGCUAUGGGGAGGAAGUUACCACCGCGAUGCAGUAUGUCUUUGGCAGCACGUUGAUAUGCGCGGAUGCCGCGACGGCCAAGCGUGUAACAUUCGAUGGCGCUGUCAAGCUCAAGAGUGUUACCUUGGAUGGCGACGUCUACGACCCAGCGGGCACGCUCUCUGGAGGCAGCAAGUCCAGCAUGGGAGGGAUCUUUGUCAAAGCGCAGGAGCUGAACAAUGUUCAAAAUGAGCUUCAGGCCGUCAAGCGCGAGCUUAAGACCUGCGAGACAGAGCUAGCGGCUGAGGUGGCCAAAUCUGAGGCAUUGGCGCCUGCUUUGUUGGAGCUGCAAACCAAGAGUCGCGAGGUGACCUUGCUGGACAAUCAAUUGCAAGGCUCGACUGCUGCUCGACUGGAGGGUGAGGUCAAGACGGCGAGAGAGAGCAUUGAUGAGCUCAAGAAGAUUGUUGAAGCGGCGAAGGAGAAGAAGCGGAAAGCGCUAGAAGAGAUCACAUUCUACGAGAAAGAGAUUGAAGAAUUUGGCUCAGAUAAGCAGUCGAAGCUUGAAGAGCUGCAAAAGAGGAUCAAAGAUCGUAAAGCGACGGUCCAAAAGACAGCCUCGGAAAUCAAAGCAAGGCAGAACCAGGUCCGCACGCUCGCGCUCGAGCUUGACGUCGGAGCAGGGGAGAUUGCUAGCACCGAAGCAGAGAUCGAGAUGCAGCGUAAAAUGGUGGCGAAAGCGGCCGCAGAGCUCGAGACACAUAAAGCCCAGACAGCCGAGAUGCAGGCCGAGGUGGACAAGCUGGAAGAGCAGCUGUUCGAGGAGCGAGCUGCCCAGUCUGCGUCGGACGACGAGCUCAACGUGCUCCGAAACGCCGUCAAGAAGAAGCGUCAGGGCAUUGCGGACGCUGAUCUGACUGUAAAGCAGCUACAACACGAGGUCGAACGACUGGAAGCAGACUAUGCGACGGCGGAGAAAGGCAUCGAUCAGCUUGAGCAGCAAUUCGGGUGGAUCCAGACAGACAAGGAGCUGUUCGGCACGCCCGGCGGUGCGUACGAUUUCAAGAAAUAUAAUAUGAAGGAAGUCGCGCGUGAUUGCCACAAGCUCGAGGAGCGACAGCAUGGCCUGCAGAAGAAAGUCAAUCCGAAGGUGAUGAACAUGAUCGACAGUGUGGAGAAGAAGGAGCAAAGCCUCAAACAGAUGAUGUCGACUAUCUUGAAAGAUAAGGACAAGAUCGAGGACACCAUCCAAGAGCUGGACUGCUACAAGAAGGAGGCAUUGGAGAAAACGUGGCGCAAGGUUAACGGCGACUUUGGUGAUAUCUUUGCCGAGCUUCUACCAGGCAAUUUUGCUAAGCUGCAGCCUCCAGAAGGCCAAGAACUCACGCAAGGCCUCGAAGUGAAGGUACGGUUGGGCACUGUUUGGAAGCAGUCGCUCACUGAGCUGAGUGGCGGGCAACGAUCUCUCAUCGCACUGAGUCUGAUCAUGUCACUGCUGCAAUUCAAACCGGCUCCGAUGUACAUCUUGGACGAGAUUGACGCGGCACUAGACCUGUCGCACACACAGCACAUUGGCCAGCUCUUCAAGUCGCGCUUCUCUGGCUCACAAUUCAUCGUCGUCUCUUUGAAGGAAGGUCUCUUCACCAAUGCCAAUGUGCUCUUCAGAGCACGCUUUCGGGACGGAACGAGCGUUGUGGAGCGGCUCACACAGAAGGGUGGCAUGCCACUUGAGCAGAGCAACGACAAGGAGAACGCUCCGCCCGGGGGCACGGCGAGGCCGAACGUCGGCGGCAAGGUUGCUGCGGCUACUGCUUUUCGGGCACGCGCUGCGGCUGUUGCAUGACGCAUGCUGGUCUUUCUGCGGUUUCGCACAUUUUCACGAGCGUGACUUCCCUUGGUUAUUAUCCGACAUAAUGUUCCCUUGUAACAUAGUCUAUGUACUUUUUCUUGCAUCCUGAGUCUUAAGCAGGACUCUUGCGGCCAUUCGGGCCUUCACGAAUGUCCCUCCAAUUUCACAUGCGUGAUACGCC